CUCCCAGCUCUGCUAUCCACACCGGACAACCUCCCAGGAUGGGCUCACUGACAAUUGGCACUGCCAUAUUUGCUUCCAUCAGCCUCGGGCUGCUCCUUGCUGCCCUGGCCUCGGACUACUGGGUGGUGGGCUCGGACCACACAGGCCUCUGGCAAUUAUGCCGUGGUUCCAUCUGUCAUACUUAUGGGAUGGAUGUGUUGGGCUUUAUCCAUGCCACUCGAGCCUUCCUGCUCAUGGGGGCCAUAGCUGGUGCCGUCUCCUUCUUCGUUCUCUGGGCCUUGGUUUGCCGUUCCUACACUGGAUCAGUCUCAACAGCCAAGAUUGCAGCCAUAGCCAGCUUGGUGGCAGGUCUUUGCGCUAUUAUUGCCAUGUCCAUUUUCACAGGAGUGUACAAUCGUUCCUUCAGCCAGGGGCAAUAUGGAUGGUCCCUUGCUGUAGGAUGGGCCUCUGGCCCUCUGUUCCUGUUAACAGGUGGGCUUGCUUUCCAAAUACAUGCUGGAAGAGAGAUGUGAACUCUGGAGGAAGACCAUUCUGCCUUUGAGAUGAUGUCCAGAGCAGUGUUGG